CUUUUGCUUUCUGUCUCUGGUUCCUGGUUAGUGACAGCCGUGCUCCGGUACAGCAGGAUUACUGCAUUACGAAGACUUUUGUCAUCUGGGUACCGACCACCUCCUCGUUACGGGGGGGGGGGUGUUUCCUUUGAUGUCCUUUAAUAUGUUUUCAUGAUUUUGGUCAGAAGUUUUCCCCUCAACCGAAAUGUCUCUGCAGUGCAAAGCGGGACGAAAUCCACCGAUAGCUGAUCAGCUUCCCUGGAUUCCGCUGACGACAUCGCUUUGUUGCGUGUGAAGAUGGAAACACUGGAGUCGGAGUUGACCUGCCCAAUCUGUCUGGAGCUCUUCGAGGACCCCUUGCUCUUGCCCUGCGCUCACAGCCUGUGUUUCAACUGUGCCCACCGUAUCCUGAUCUCCCACUGCAGCCCCAACGAGCCUGUGCAGUCCAUCAGCGCCUUCCAGUGCCCAACCUGUCGCUAUGCCAUCACCCUCAACCAGAGGGGCCUAGAGGGACUGAAGCGUAACGUCACUUUGCAGAACAUCAUCGACCGCUUCCAGAAGGCUUCCGUGAGCGGGCCCAACUCCCCCAGCGAGACUCGCCGUGAGCGGGUCACCCCGAACGGCACGGCCAUGACCUCCCCCAGCAAGAGGGUGCAGUGUCAGUUCUGUGAGCAAGACCCUCCCCAGGACGCCGUCAAGACCUGUGUCACCUGUGAGGUGUCCUACUGCGACGAAUGCUUGAAGGCCACCCACCCCAAUAAGAAGCCCUUCACCAGCCACCGUCUGAUCGAGCCCAUGCCGGACUGCCACAUCAGGGGACUCAUGUGUCUGGAGCACGAGGACGAGAAGGUGAACAUGUACUGUGUUACAGAUGAACAGUUGAUCUGUGCCUUGUGCAAACUGGUCGGUCGGCAUCGGGACCACCAAGUUGCCGCCCUCAGCGACCGCUAUGAGAAACUCAAGCAAACCUUGGACUCCAACCUCAGCAAUCUGAUUAAGAGGAACAACGAGUUGGAAACUCUGAUGGGCAAGUUGAUCCAGAUCUGCCAACAUGUGGAGGGGAAUGCAUCCAGACAAGAGAACAAGCUCCUGGAAGAGUGUGACCUCCUGAUGGACGUGGUACAGCAGAGAAGACAGAUCAUAGCCACCAAGAUAAACGAGGGCAAGGCUAUCCGUCUGCGAAAGCUAGCCCAGCAGAUCGCCACCUGCAAGCAGAUCAUCGAGAGAUCAUCAUCCCUCAUCACUCAGGCAGAUCACACCCUGAGGGAGGGAGACCACGCCCGCUUCCUGCAGACAGCCAAAAGCAUCUGCGAGAGAGUGUCCAUGGCGACAGCAUCCUCUCAGAUCCUGAUACCAGAGAUCAACCUGAAUGACACCUUUGAUACGUUUGCGUUGGACUUUACAAGGGAAAAGAAAAUGCUGGAAGGCUUGGAUUACCUCACAGCACCAAAUCCCCCAAUAAUCCGGGAGGAAUUAUGUACGGCAUCGUACGACACCAUCACUGCUCACUGGACAUCAGAUGACGAGUUCUGUGUGGUCUCCUAUGAGCUGCAGUAUGCCAUCUUCACUGGACAAGCCAAUGUCGUCAGUUUGUGUAACUCAGCUGACAGUUGGAUGAUUGUGCCCAACAUCAAGCAGAACCACUACACAGUGCAUGGACUCCAGUGUGGCACCAAGUACAUCUUUAUGGUCAAAGCUAUCAACCAGGCAGGGAGUCGCAGCAGUGUACCUGGGAAGCUCAAGACCAACAGUCAGCCAUUCAAGUUGGACCCAAAGUCUGCUCACAAGAAGCUGAAGGUCUCCCACGACAACCUGACGGUUGAGCGAGACGAGACGUCGUCCAAGAAGAGCCACAAUCAGGACCGCUUCACCAGCCAGGGCAGCUACGGCGUCACUGGGAAUGUGUACAUCGACAGCGGGCGCCACUACUGGGAGGCCUUGAUAGGAGGGAGCACAUGGUUUGCUGUGGGCGUUGCUUACAAGUCAGCACCGAAACACGAGUGGAUCGGCAAGAACUCGGCCUCGUGGGUAUUAUCUCGAUGCAACAACUCCUGGGUAGUACGUCACAACAGCAAGGAGAUGCCCAUCGAGCCGUCCCCCCACCUGCGUCGCGUGGGGGUGUUGCUGGACUACGACGCCGGUUCCCUGGCCUUCUACGAUGGCGCCGGCUCACAGCACCUGUACACGUUCGACAUCACCUUCGCUCAGCCAGUGUGUCCCGUGUUCAACGUGUGGAACAAGUGUCUGACUGUUCUCACGGGGCUGCCCAUCCCAGACCACCUCGAGGGGACAGACUGCCAGGAUUAACAGACCAGCUAAUGCAACACAAAGGGAGCAGAACAGACCCACUUCAGACUCACCUGGCUGCCUUUGUGUCACACCAUCCAUGAAGUAUAAAGCAGAACAAAGCCAUGGUGCCAGAUCAGUCUCCAAUCAUUCUCUUAUAGAAGCAAAUACAUUGUUUUUUUUAAAUUAUUUAUGGAAACCAUUUAUUGGGUUAAAAAAAAUAUUGUAGAUUUUAUUUCUUGCUUUAACACAUUAAUAUUCACUGCUAUAUUUAUGCUUGUUGGUUUUGGGAUGCGCUUAGAGAGGAAGGUUUUGGGAUGCGCUUAGAGAGGAAGGUUUUGGGAUGCGCUUAGAGAGGAAGGUUUUGGGAUGCGCUUAGAGAGGAAGGUGGGUACAACAUUUUCAAAUUCAGUGAAACUUACUGUAUUUUUAAGCAGGCAGUGGUUAGAGCGUUGGGCCAGUAACCAAAAGGUUGCGAGUUCGAAUCCCUGAGCUGACAAGGUAAUACGUCUUUCUGUUGUUCUGCCCCUGAACAAGGCAGUUAAUCCGCUGGUCCCCGGGCAGGCCGGCAUUGCCGAGUUAAAUAAAACAAAAUGAAAAGCCCUGAGAUGAGUUUAUUUCAUACAGUAUUACACAUACAGUAGAUUGUUGACCUUUGUCCAUGUAUCAGUCGUUAGCAGCAUGUUGCUAAAUGUUUUACGUGUAACCCUGUUUACCUCUGAUCACAGAGCAGUUAUAACAGGACUAUUCAUCUACAAUCUUCUGUUUCAUACAAGAUCCUCUCCAUGAUUUUUCUUAUGUAUUAGGAUGAUGUUUGUGAAAAUAAACAUGUUAACAGUUAAUUUUAAUAGUUAAUCUGCCUCUUUUACAAUUCUAAAAUCACAGCACUUCUAAUGCACUGACAACUUGACUAUUAAUUGACAAACUCACAAAGACACAAUUCUUCAUCUCUUUGUCAAAAAAGAAGCACUGCGAUGUUAAAAACGUUGAUUCAUGUUGAAAAUGUAUACUUCUAAAGAAAAGCCAUUUGAAGUGACAUUCCAAUACAGAAAUAAUGUCUUAAUUGUAAUUAGAAACAACAUGUGCAAUCUCUGUAAAUCCCUUACUGUUUUCUUCUCACCUAUUGGCUCGGUAUGUUCACAUGCCAGUACAUUUGGUAUUUGAGCCAUUUGACUUUUUCCGAUGCAUCAUUAUUUUCACACAUUCCUUGUUGAAAAUGUAAUAAAAUUACAUAAAUAAAGUGUGAAUUGUAA